GAUUUAAUGAAAUCGUUUUACACCACGUGACUUGGACGGAAAAGCAAACUGACGAUGGCAGGAUCUGAGUCGUCAAGUAAAAUGCGUACUAAAAUGGCCUUUAUUGCUCUUUUAUUCGCCUUAUUUUCGACUGGAAGUUGUAGCAGUCAGGUACCACUUGUAAUGUGGUCCAGUGAAGGGUAAAUAUGUAUUAUUAGUUUGAAAGCGAAGGGAUUUUGAGCACUGUGCUAACUCUAUCUAUCAUGUACACCUUACCACAGCUGGUAUCUCCCGCAGCUGGUCACAUAAUAUCUAAUGUCCAGCUGAUGGCCUACCUAAACUCUGCUCUGGGAUCUGCCCCACACAAUAUGCUGCUCUUCCUACAGGACAAGCUGAGCAAAGAUGACUUCACAAGGUAUGGAGGAGUUUUUGGAAACAAGCAAGACAGUGUCUUUCCUAACCUUGAGUCUGCGUUACAGUCUUCGUCUUCACCAUUGGUGCUGCCUGCCCUGUCAUGGCUAGGUGCUAGUGCGGUCCCAAGCCUGCUACAGGAGAAGCUGGGUGUUUCCCCACUCAGCGUAGACCCAGACACACUGGAGCAUCUCCGCUUCAAUGCCUCAGAAAACACUCUGCUGGUUAUCAACCUGCCAUAUUCUUCUGGUGCUUACCUGUCCUGUCAGGAUGUCCUGCGUAACAAUGAUGAGGUCAUUGGUAAGGUUCUGAGCAUCAUGAAAGCCCAGAGUGUGCCCUACACUGCCAUUUACACUGGACUCAAGCCCUCAAGAGUGAUUGAGGAGCCGUCUUUGAUUGUCCAGUCUUCUAUGAGCCGUUCCUUGCUGCAGGCAGUUGUGGAUGAGGUCAAACCUCCUCUGAUGUUCAAUUCUACUAGAGGCCCUUGCAUCAUGCUCUGGGCCCAGAAUCUAAACGUCAGCUUUAGUGACAAGGAAUGGAUUGAUCUCGGUCAAUCGACCUUUGCUUCUGGUGGCUCUGUGAGCACGUCUGGGUCCUUCUGUAAUGAAACCAACUCACAGCUUGUCCUUGAUUAUGGGAGUUCUGUUUCACCUUACAAUCCCUUCCGUCUCAUCUUCUCCAUGAGCCAGCGGCGCUAUCCUGUGUCUGCGCGGAACUGGUUCACCCUGGACACUGUGGAAUUGGUAUUCAACACCCUAACAGCCACCUACAAUGGCAGCCACGGAAUCUAUGCCCCGGCAGAGUACUCUUUCCACUGCCAGAAUGUCAACAACUUCCGCAAUGCACUUCUAGUGCCCCGCGCUCAGAAUGCCACCCAGUGGAGAAUCCUCUUCACUGACUUCCAGAUCCAAGGCUUCAGCAUACUGAAUGGGACAACAGAUUUCUCCUAUGCCAGUGACUGUGCUGGCUUCUUCACACCAGGGAUCUGGAUGGGCCUGAUCACCUCUCUGCUGAUGCUGUUGAUCCUCACCUACGGCCUGCACAUGAUCAUGCAGCUACGCUCCAUGGACCGCUUUGACGACCCUAAAGGCCCCUCCAUCUCAGUGCCUCAGUCGGAGUAAUGAAGACGAGACAAUGCCCCCUAGACUGCUCCCAGACCUGUUCGUGCUGUCUUUCCUAUUGUCAUGUGACAAUGUUCCCUCCACUUUUAUUUGUUCAAUAAAUUCUAUUGUUCGUUGCUUUAGCCACCUCCCCAUUCUGAUUACCAGUUCAGCCAUCCCAUCCCCUUAGCCUUUAUUCUGUUUGUAUUACACAAACAGUCAUUUAACAGAUGCUCUUGUCCAGAGCGACUAACAGGAGCAAUUAGGGUUAAGUGCCUUGCUCAAGGGCACAGACAGAUUUUUCGCCUAGUUGACUCUGGGAUUGGAACCAGCUAACUUUUGGUUACUGGCGCAACACUCUUAACCUCGAGGCUACCUGCCACCCAAGAGGGUACGUUUCUUACCCUCUCUUCAUUUGCACUUGCCCAAAGAACUGUAUAAUGUACUGUAAAUGCCUCCCUUUUCCCUUGAUACCUAAUCAGCUCACGCAUGUGCCAAUAAAAGGGGUUUGUUUGUACAGGAAAGCUUUUGAUGCCAAUUCAGUGACUGAAAUAUGAUUGCAGCAUUUUGUGUGACUGAUCUUGGUUAUUUCGCUUGCAUUGUAAGUUUCUCAGCUGUGUAAUUUAAAGACUAAUGCAAGAAUUGCCUGUAAAUAUUAAGUUGAAUUUAUGUGUGCAGACGAUGUUUGUGGGCAUUUGAGAAUGCCUACCCUAAAUUUUGCUGUUGGAAAUGCAUAGUAGGACGAAAUGUGAGAAAAGAAUACUCUGCAAAUUAUGCUUUGUUUCAAAAGACCGCUUUACUCAAUGCUGACAUUUUAUCAUUUGACAUCUGUGAAAUUGAAAUAAAAUGUCAAAACUAUCAGUGACCCUCAUGCCUCUAUACAUACAAAAUAGUGCUAAAAUCCAAGGCUUUGCCAUUUUAUCUUGACAGUGCAUUUGGAAAGUAGUCAGACCCCUGGACCUUUUCCACGUUUUGUUACAUCACAGCCUUGUUUACAAACAUAUUCAGACCCUUUACAUUUGGCAGCGAUUACAGCCUCGAGUCUUCUUGGGUAUAACGCUACCAGCUUUGCACACCUGUAUUUGGGAGUUUCUCCCAUUCUUUACAGAUAUGCUCAAACUGUCAGAUUAGAUGGGGAGCGUCACUGCGCAGAUAUUUUCUGGUCUCUCCAGAGAUGUUCGAUCGGGUUCAAGUCCGGGCUCUGGCUGAGCCACUCAAAGAUAUUCAGAGACUUGUCCUGAAGCCACUCCUGCGUUGUCUUGGCUGUGUGCUUAGGGUCGUUGUCCUGCUGGAAGGUGAACCUUUGCCCGAGUCUGAGGUCCUUAGCGCUCUGGAGUAGGUUUUCACCAACGAUCUCUCUAUGUACUUUGCUCCAUUCAUCUUUCCCUCGAUCCUGACUAGUCUCCCAGUCCCUGGGCGGCCAGCUCCAGGAAGUCUUGGUGGUUCCAAACAUCUUCCAUUUAAGAAUGAUGGAGGUCACUGUUCUUGAGGACCUUCAAAUGUAUCAGAAAUGUUUUGGUACCCUUCCCCAGAUUUGUGCUUUGACACAAUCCAAUCAAGUUGCAGAAGAAUCUCAAGGAUGAUCGAUGGAAACAGGAUGCACCUAAGCUCAAUUUCACCUCUCAUAGCAAAGGGUAUAAACACUUACGUAGAUAAGGUAUCCAUUUUUUUCCUUCAAUAAAAUCUAAAAAUCUG